GCGUUCUUAAGACGAGAGCUGUGAGGGGAAAACUACGCAAGGAGUCCUUUUCCCUUAAUGUCCCUUCUACUUUCUUUUCACUUCAAAAUGAAUGUGGAAAUGCUAAUAACGCCUGAUUUUUCUAAUUCCUUGAUGUUGGGUUUUUUCUCUCUUUAUAUCUCAACUUCUGAUGCUUUCCUUCCUGUGAGCUUUCAUCUAAAAACCACUUCUUUACAGGUUUUUACGGUAAACAAAAAAAUCUUAAUCUUACGUAACUGAACAAAUUUUGUGGCUCAGUAUUUUAAAAAUAGCUGGUCAGUUUUACACUAUUCCGUAACUCAAAACGCUACCUGAAAAUUGCAGACCCCCCUCCCAUUUCCCUUCUCACCCCAUCCCCCUACAGAGAGGGCUCAAGGAUUUCCAUUAUUUGGGGUCAAUGAAUGUAAAGAUCACAAAGAUACGUUAUCCUUAGCCUAGAUGUAUUAGAACAUUGAUAGUUUGAGUUCUACUUCCGAAGUUACCCUCAGUGGUAAUUGGUGGAAGUGGGUUAGUGUGAAACCCUGGAAGGAGAAUCCCCAGGCAGCGUGUUCUUGCUGUUGUGUUGGUAUUCUCGUCACUAGGGGAAACGCAUAAAAACACUUAAGGUGUGUGCUAGAUGGAAUGAAUUUUGUCUUUUUUAGAAGCCCAUAAUAUAAGUACUUGGAACCAGACAGUUAAAUCAGAAGGUCAAUUUAGGCUUUUGUUCUUUGUGAGGAAAAAUUUAAAUAGGUUAGAAACAAAACUACUUUUUAAUGCCUUUAAGAUUAGAUUUUUAAAAUAAAAUCUCGAUCACAGCUAUAAGUGAGUAGUUGAACCUGCUUUAUUCUUAGGAUGAGAUACUGAUUGUCCCAACAAAACUUUUUAAAAAUCUUGUAAUAAAAACAUUUGGUGGUAAUUGUAAGCUGCUUGUUUUGAUCAUGUUAGGUAGUUAUGGGAAGAAAUUUUGCUAUCCAUUAAUCUUUCUGUCCAUUGAUUUUAGUACAGAAAUUUAUUUUUUUGCUAAUGUUUGUUUUGAUUUGGUUUGUGGGAAAGUGAAGAGGACUACUAUUUGGGACGUUGUUUUCCUUUAAGUUUUUACCAAGUCGAGGAAUGGAACAAGUUCUAGGUAACUGUCACCUUACCCACCUGAGAAAGCCAUGUAUGUAAGAUUCCCACCCAAUUUUAUGCUAAAAUAUAUGUAGGCAUUAACAUUCUAUGUUAAUAGAAGGGUUCUCCAUCCCCCCCUUACAGUGGUUACAUUCAUGACUAUAUUUUUGACACGUGAUACCUAAGUGUAUUUUAGUGUAAAUGAACUCAACAGAUUGAAUAAUGAAUACGCCUACCCUUACCUGUUAUAUCUUUUUUUUUUCUUUUGUAGGUUGGGGUAAUUGUCUUUUUGUAAUUGGUUAAAGAAUUAGAAGAAUGCCAGAAGCUUUUCUGAGGGUGUACUUUUUCUUUUUUUAAAUUGUUUCUUAAAACAAUUUAAUACUCACUAGUGCUUUUGGUUUUUAAACUACUUUGAUUUCUUAUCUGCUAACCACAAACCAGCAGUUUUUAAAAAUUUUUAUAGACUACAGUUGUGUUAUCUUUGUAUCUAAGUGUAAUGACCAUUUAGAGAGGCUCAAAACAGGAUUUUCAAAUGAUGUUUUUGAGGUUUCAUUGACAGGUCAGAUUUCAUUUGCUUUAUCUCUGGAAUAAAUAGUACAUAUUAACCCUAUCUUACUGUAAAGAUACCUAGACUUAGAGGGUAAUUUCCUAGAGACUGCAGAACACAUCAAAGAAACAGGACUAUUACUAAUAGUUAUUUUUUUUUAGCAUUUUAGAAUCUUACCACCCUCCCGCCAGAUCUGUGACAUAUUUUCAGAUGUACUACUUGUAAUCAUUUUGCAAGGAUUGAAGUACUCAUACCUUUGUAGAAAUUAAAUACUGAGGUCUAGAAGACCAUGUAGCCAGGAAUCAGAUUUACAGGUCCCAGUCCAUUGCUCAUUGCAUACAUACACUAUGCUGUAUAUAUUUUGAUUUAGUUUUUUAAAAAGCACGCUGUACUUCAGUGUCUCAGACACAUUAUAUUAGUUUGCUAAAAACCGUUUAUAGCAGCUUAAUUUUCCGCUAUGGAUUAAUGUUUCUUUCAUUGUAGAGGACUGGAGUAAAAGAACGUUAGGAAAGAAAAUAUAAUUGGCUGAAUUUUGUAAUAAGUAACCCUAAUAGUUAACCCAAUCAAAAUUCGCUUCUGCCUGAGGUAAAACUGUUAAGCAUCUGCUGCCUUUUUAGUAAAGGUUAGGUGUUCUUGAGGGAAAAAGAACUUGGAGUCUAAUUUGAGAUGACUGACAGCUCAAAUCUGGGUAAAAGUAAGUAUAUAAUCAAGUGUCCUGUGAUAGAAUUAAUAUGGAAUUGAGAAAAUGGAGCUGAGUAGUUUUGUGAGCUAGGGGAAAGGGAAAGCUUUAUCUAAUGUGUAAAACUCACAUUGGAUUUUAUGGUUAGAGAAUAGAUUGUGUGGAUAUGACAAUGCGGAGGUUGCUGGGGUAGUGAGAGGAUAGAUUUGACUAGAUAGGCAGUCAGAUAAUGGAAGGUUUUUAAUUCUAGGUAUAGGGAUUUGGACUUAAUCCGGUAUGCAGUAAGAAGACAUGUAUGGAUUCUUAAUUCUGGGAGUGGCAUAAUGAAAGGAAUUUUAGCAAAGAACAGAAGGACUGGUACAAGAAGAGCAAGGCACACUUGACCUAUUUAAGGAAGGAAAUUAUGAAAACUCUGGUCUAAACAGGACAGCAGUGGGAUGUAAAGAAUGAAUGGAUCAAGGGAUCCAGGAGAAGAGGGGUCCCAUUAAAAUAAAUAGGUUCAUUAAAGCAGUUUGUUUGGGACAUGUGUAUCAACUUAAGUAUUUUAAUUGGAAAUUUGGAGCUGAGAAUGAGGCUGGCACUUGAGCUAUGAAUUUGCUUGUCAUCUUCAUAAAAAGAGUUGUUGGCUUCACACAGCUUCAACUAAGAUUAGGAUUUAGGCCUCAAAAAAAUUGUAGUCUCCUUCAUAGAAAUUAAGGGAAAUGGAAAUUAAGCUUUUCUUACCAUUUUACUUAUCUUACCUUCUACCCCUAAUUUAUCUUUUUAACCAAUUUUAGAAAAAUGUUAAGCCCAAUUUUUUCUCAUACAGUGGCCCAUUGUUUUUAAUAGUGGUUAAUGAUUCUCAUGUGGGGGUCCAUCUUAUAAUUCCAUAAUUGUCUAUGCUUUGUAGUACAGUUGAAGAGGAAAGAUAAUACUUGUCUCCUUUUCAGAGUUAAUUCUGGCAUCUUGAGUAGCUAGAAUAUUUUUAAAGGACUCCUAGUGUUCUCCUUCUUAAUAUAUUAGAUGGUUUGACUGGAUGACAGAAGUGAAAAGCAAAGUACAAAUUCCUCUGUACCUGUUUGGAAUUAAAAUGUGUGUUAUUUUGUUAAAGAACAGCAGAAAUGUGGGAAGCUUUUUUUCUUCCCUGAAACCUGAUUUGUAAUAAUUGGGGUGAUGCUUGUGCCAUUCGAGACCCAUUUUGGUGACUGGCUUAAAAAAAAACCUUAAACUUUGCUUUAAAUUUUUCUGUUGAUGAAACUUUAAUAAAUGUGAGAGUACAAGUGAGGUUUACCCUUUCCCUUCCUUUAAGAAAAAAAACAAAAUCUUAAAAAAAUUUAAAUUAAAAAAUAAAAAAAUACAAAUAAAACAAUCUCUCUUUUACAGAUAAGAAUGUCAGGUCAUCAGUUUAGCUUUUAAAAAUACUUAGUUUCUUCAGCAAUUUAAUUUCAUAUAUCUCAUCAACCUAUUACAAAGGGGUAAGACUUCCUUUCUCAUGAUACUGACAGUAUUAAACCCAAGACAUUAAUGUCUUGGGUUUAGUUUAUUAAAGUUAAGUGCUGUUAUUUAUCCAAUUUUAAUGCUUUUUUAUUCCUCCUGUCAUUUUUUUAAGCAAAGAAUUUGUAAACUUAAGGAAACAUUUUAAUGCUCAAAUUUUAAUAUUUGAGACUCUUUCACUGAAGCGUGCUAAUUUGCUCAAUUUAAGUAGAAGGUGGGAUUUUUAAAAGCAAUAUAACUAAUUGUGCUCCCAGUGCACCGAUUUGUCAUAGAUGCUUAAUGGUUUGUGCCAUUCCUAAAAUGAGCAUAAAAAGUCCUGAUAUCUGAGAUUUCAAAGGGAUUUAAAUAUUUAGUAGGAGAGUCGUAAAAAAAAAAACAACAACAGAUGAGCUUUGUUUAUGGAUUUAUUUUUGUAAAUGAACUGAAGUUAUUUACCUAUGGUAUGUGUAGUGUAAACAAGUGUGAAAUGGCCAUGGAUAAUCAACAUAAUAAUUUCCUAAAAUCUUCCUGACAGUGUGAAAACCUUUUCUUUGAUACUAUCAAUGGGUGCUCAGGCAUCAACUAACUAACCCUGGGACCUUUGUAAAAGGUAUAUAUUUGCAUGCUAAAUGAGUUAAUACGGAUUGUUAUUUGUUCACCUGUGUAACAGAUUUAGCAGGACAGAAGUGCAGGUGAGAAAACAGUAAUGAUCAGAUGGGGAAAAGAAUCACUAAACACUGUUUAAAAAAAAGUUGAGAGGGUAAUAAUGAAAGGAAAAGUGGUUUCCCCUCCCUCCUUUAGAUUACUGUCAAUAUGUAGUUGUGUAUAAUCCUUAUUAUCUCAUGAUUUUCACCAAAAGUAUAAGUGACUAGGGCUGCCUGACCAAUCUGAAGUAGAAGUUAUUUUUCUUAAACUAAGGGCCUGUAGUCUCUUACUCAAGAUUCAUAAAUAGUCCCAUGAUAUUAGAAGAUGAGAACCUAAGUAGAAAAUUCUAUAACAGGUUCUUAGUAAACAAUUUGUUUUUAGUUGUUAUUUAUUGGCUUUUAAUAUAGCUAAACUUUUUGGACAUUACAAUUGAUCAUGACAUAUAAGCUGGCUGGUUUAUGAACCAUACUAAAAAUUUAUACAAAAGAUUAUAUAAAUUUUUUUUUUUAAGAUUUUAUUUAUUUAUUUGAGAGAGAGAAUGAGAGAGCACAUGAGAGUGGGGAGGGUCAGAGGGAGAAGCAGACUCCCCGCCGAGCAGGGAGCCCCAUGCAGGACUCGAUCCAGGGACUCCAGGAUCAUGACCUGAGCCGAAGGCAGUCGCUUAACCAACUGAGCCACCCAGGCGCCCUAGAUUAUAUAAAUUUUACAGGUAAUUUCACAGUUGUAGAUAGUUUAAAUUUGAUAAUAUAUGCAAAUAUAUUAAGAGUCUCUUAAUAUAUUUGGUACAUAAUAUAUUUGAUAAUAUAUAAAUAAAUUUGAUAAUAAUAUGCCAAUUCCUAUAUAAUUUCUUUAAGCAUUUCCAAAAUUAUUCCAAACUUUAGAGAAUGUAAAGACACAGUGUUAGAAUCUGUGAGCCUUUUUAGAUGGAAAGACUGCUUUAACCUCACUUAGAAUGCAGCAUGUAGGUAUUUUCUUUUUUAAGGAAUUGCUUUAAUAGCAGUUAUGGGUUAAGAGAGUGGAAGUAUUUCUUUUAUAAGUUUGAGAGUCCAAGAGAAGCAGCCUAUCAUACUCAAGAACUGCUAUUUAUGUAGACAAAUUAAAGAAUUGGAUAAACAAAAGUUUCCCAUAAGCUGCAAAGAAUGAAGUUCUUAGUACAGUAAAUAUUAUAUUGUAGUAAUUUAAGUACUCCUCCCCCCUUGGGACAUAAAAUUUACCUAAAUGCACUAAUAUUUUUAUGGAAAUAGAUCUCCAACUUUCAUAAAGUAGUGGGAAAAUAUAUUUUGAGAAAGUUUGUUUUAAAAGUUUAUGCUAUUACAGACUUGAAUUUGUAUAAACUUGGCACUAUGACUUGGCAUAGAAUUUGCAUUACCAUAAUAUUAGAAUGGGUUACAGUUUAGCAUUUUUACGUUAUGUGUUUAUUUUAGUGGGCUUUAAGUACUAAGCAUAUGUGUUGUUGGAAUUUUUUUCUUCCACCUAUUAUAUGAUACUAGCUGUAUUAAAAAAUAAAAGAUUGCAAUUGCUUACUGUAGGAAUUGUUCAUGUUCUGCAACAAUGUGUGCAUAUGUUUAAUAACCCUUCGCCUUGAUUGAAGGAAUAGUACGUGGUUGUUGUGGUUGUUUACAGUGUGUAAAAUGCAGCUGUAUUUUAACACAGAUUGCUUGAAUUGGAUAUACUGUGGUACUUUCAGAGUAUUCAUGGUUAGCUCUCUCUUUUUUAUUUUUGGCUGUGUCCUCCAGCUUCCACCCGAGGUACCCUGAUAAUAAAGAAUAGUUAGAAGAACAAAAACACACCGUUUAAGCAGGUUGUACUGUGAAAACUUUCUGCCUGGCUUCUGGUUUAUAAUAGGUUAAUGUUCGUGAAGAAAUUGAAGAGUUUUUUCCAAGAAUGUGGAAGAUAAAUCAAGAUAAAAGAAGGCUAAUGAAAAGUAUUAAAGAUCAGAAAAUUAAAAUUGAAUGGGGGAAAAAAUUGAACAGAAGAUUGGUCAGAUAGAAGCACUUGAAUAUUUUUUUUUAAGGCUAUUUUGAAUUGUUUGAAUUGGGGAAGAAUACACGAAGUAUGAAAAAUGAAAAACUCAAUGAAGAAUGAAGAGAAGUAGAAAGCAAGAGUGAAGUAGAAUUAAAAGAAUCUGGAAGAAUGAAUGGGUCCUAGGUUAAGUAAAUGUAUGGUUUAUGUUCCAGUGUCUGUAUGAUCAAGUUGUAGAUGAAUUUGCAUGAUUUCUUAGUUAAUAGAGAAUUGGUGAUCUGGUUCAAGUAGGGAAUUAUUGAGGACAGUUAGCAGUAUUAACAAUGGGUUAUUAAUGAGCUGAAAUUUUUUCUGGAGGGUGUUGCCUAACCAUUUGUUUUUCAGGAGCAAUCAAUAUAAAUAAUUACGGUACUUUAAAUGUUAGGUGUUAGGCAUCUACGUGACCAGUGCCAUUUGUAAUACUGUCUUCUUUGUUAGGAGUCUCGCUCUCAGUCAAAAUCUCCAACGGGAACUCCUGCUCGUGUAAAAUCGGAGAGCAGGUCAGGAUCUCGUAGUCCAUCAAGGGUUUCCAAACACUCAGAAUCCCAUUCUCGAUCAAGAUCAAAAUCCAGGUCGAGGUCGAGGAGGCAUUCUCAUAGACGUUACACUCGAUCCAGAUCCCAUUCUCACUCUCAUAGGAGACGAUCUCGAAGUAGGUCAUAUACACCAGAAUACCGGCGUCGAAGAAGCCGAAGUCAUUCUCCAAUGUCUAACCGGAGAAGACAUACAGGCAGCAGGGCAAAUCCAGAUCCCAACACUUGUCUUGGAGUGUUUGGCCUCAGUUUAUACACAACUGAGAGAGAUCUUCGUGAAGUAUUUUCUCGAUACGGACCAUUGAGUGGUGUCAAUGUGGUUUAUGAUCAGCGAACUGGACGAUCACGAGGAUUUGCUUUUGUUUAUUUUGAAAGAAUAGAUGACUCAAAGGAGGCUAUGGAAAGGGCAAAUGGAAUGGAGCUGGAUGGUAGAAGAAUUCGAGUGGAUUAUUCUAUUACCAAGAGAGCUCACACACCUACACCCGGCAUCUACAUGGGCCGACCAACUCAUAGUGGCGGUGGCGGUGGUGGAGGUGGUGGUGGAGGUGGAGGCGGUGGCCGGCGUCGAGACUCUUACUAUGAUAGAGGAUAUGAUCGUGGGUAUGACAGAUAUGAAGACUAUGAUUACCGGUACAGAAGAAGAUCACCUUCUCCUUACUAUAGUCGGUACAGGUCACGAUCGAGAUCUCGUUCCUACAGCCCAAGACGCUAUUGAUAUACAGAAUGGUUGCAGAUGAGGACAUCUUUUUCUCUGUGUGUGUGUGUGUGUGUGUGUGUGUUGAUUUGGGGUUUGUUUGUUUUGGUUUUGGUUUGGUUUUUUUGUUUAAUUCUGGAUUUCCCCAAGCUUCUAAUCCUUCUUACUUCUUAAAAAAAAACCCUUUAAAAAAAUCUUCGGUUUAUUCACCAUCUACACUAUGUCAGUUGUAUUUCUGUUUCCACCCCUUUUAGUAUGCUCUUAAAGAUAUAAUUGUUGUCAUUUGAGUAAGCAUCUUAAGUAAAAAAAGGAACUCCCAGUGUUAGGCUUUGUAAAUGAUUUUUUUCUUUUUUCUUUUUUUUUUUAACUUUUUUUCUUUUUUUGCUUUGCUUUGUUUUUACAGAAAAUUAACUCCUGGCUAAUCAAAUGAGGAAAGAAAUGAUCUUUUUAAAGCUUCUUUUGUGUUAGAUAUUGUAUUAGAUAUUGUACUAGGGACCUCCAUUUAUGACAGACUCCUUUUUUAACUUUCUUUUGGGGAAGGUAGUAACACAUAAAGUAGUUCAGUCAUGUCAAGUUUGUCUGGGGUGGCGUGGAGCAGUCAGAUAGUUGAGUGUAGAAAGUUUGAAGCUAUAGAAGAAAACACUUGGUCAUUUCUUUUGAAGAACGAAAUUUUUGAACCCUAAAAAUUACAUCAUUUUUUUAGAGAUGAAAAGCUUGUGGACUCCUACAAAAUAUGUUGUAUUUAAAAUACAUCUGUUAAAACUUAAAGUGUGAUUUUUGUGUUGAAUUUAUUGAAAUUUAAGUAUUCCCUUAAUCAGUGAAGGACAACUCUUAUUAUUUAUUACUUAGAGCAAUUAUAUACUUUCCUGUUAGAAAUUUUGGUAUUGGGACAAUGGUUAAGCAGGCUAUUAUUGUAUAGUAUAGAGUCCUUAAAAGAUACGUGUGAGGAAAAGUAGUCUCCUUUCAAAUAAAAGUUAAUUUCUUUGAAAA